GUGUUAUUUUUGCACCUUACGGCCCUGUCUGGAGGCAGCAGAGGAAAUUCUCUCUCGCGACGUUGCGUCAUUUUGGAGUAGGAAGACACAGCUUAGAGCCUAAAAUCAUUGAGGAGCUGAAGUUUAUCAAGGAGGAGAUGCUGAAGCAUGGAAAGGAUUCCUUUAAUCCCUUUCCGAUCAUUCGCAACGCGGUGUCCAACGUCAUCUGUUCCAUGGCCUUCGGCAGGCGUUUCAACUACGAGGAUGUCGAGUUCAAGACGAUGCUGAAGAACAUGGCCCGCGCGCUCGAGCUGAGCGUCAACAGCUACAUGAUCCUGGUCAACAUUUGCCCGUGGCUGUACUACCUUCCCUUCGGGCCUUUCCGGGAACUUCGGAAAACAGAAUUAGAUAUUACCGCUUUUCUGAAGAAAAUAAUUGCGCAGCACAGGGACACACUGGAUGCGGCAAAUCCCAGGGACUUCAUCGAUAUGUACUUCAUUCACGCGGAAGAAGAGAAGGACAACAAGGAGAGCAGUUUUAAUGAAGACUACCUGUUUUUUAUCAUCGGGGACCUCUUCAUCGCAGGCACAGACACUACGUCCAACACGCUGCUGUGGUGCCUGCUCUACAUGUCUCUCUACCCGGAAGUACAAG